CAAGCUGAACAUCCGCAAGCUGAAAACCCGCAGCAAUGGCGGAAUGGCUCGUCAUGUUUGGUUGUUUUGCGCCUUAGUCGGCGCAACGCGUGCAAAGAGUGGACAUAUCCACAAUGAGGUGCUAGAAGCUAGUCAUGCAAGAGUCUUGCCAGCUCCUUCACUUUUUCGUGCAAUUGUUUGUGACUUUAUGUUUACUCAUUUUUACUGAGGUAUGAUUGACAAUGAUUGAUGAUACACUUGCACCAACGUGGGUAUUGUGCAUGUUGCCUGAAACUGCAUGUGCUUAUGUUUAUAGAACUGUCUCCCUUGCACGACUGGCAUUUCAACACUGCCAGCUGGGUUCAGCGUACAUUUCAGCCAUGCCUGCGAGGCCCCCAGCUGCCAGUUUCUGCAGACUCAUGUGAGUCUCACUGAUUACUUGGUCGAGGGUGGCCACAACGAGACUAUGAAAGGCAUUUGUGUGCCACGGUUCAACCUCACAAUGAAGGAUUUGGCGGAUCCAAUUAUGGAUGUGUCAGCUCGAUAUGACCAAGAUGGCUGGUGCGUGUUUGGUUCGGAGGCGAGUUGGGCGAGAGAUUGCGCAGUUGCCCGCCGAACGCGCAAUGUCAACAACUUUGCUUUGGCGUUUGAGCCCUUCUACUCUCCGAUCCUGAACAGUUCUACAUCAACGCCUUUUACCUUUCGGCUGUUCGACGGUCGGACUUUGGUUGUCCGUGAUCACGUUGUCCCAUGCGAUGACCUGUACUGUUUUGUGAACAACUGGUACGACCUACCGCGGGCUGAAGUUGUCAAGAAUUUCACCUUCCUCGAAGAAGUCUCGGACAAGUGGUGCAAGCACUUGGAAAAGAUUGUGCCCAAUUUCUUUGGAAUUUCCUUCAAUGACCUGAUGAACGAGUCCUUGGUGGAUGAGUCAUUUUUGUUGAAUUUGGAAAAGGAUGGUGCCACUUCAGGGGAUGUACCUGAGUGGGUGGUAAAUGGCAUGUACCUCCAUGCGGCAGCGAAAUGCCUUUUGCGAGGAGGGAACAAAGGAGCAUUGUGUGACAUCGCCAAUUGCGCAGAACGUGCAUGCUUCGGUGAGGACAGGAGCACACUCCUGUACACAACGCGUGGUGAGUGCACAAAGGUAGCAUUCAAACAAUAAGUAAAGCAAUGUUUU